AUGAAAUUGUCUCCUAUAUGUUAAACAUUAAUACACUCCAAAUCUAAUCCCUUAUCUCCAGUCAUACAAAACAUCAAAAAGCAUAGUAUUCAUACUAUUGAAAAUGAAAAAAAGGAAACUAAGUAUAUAUUUCAUUUUUAUUAUUUUAGCAAUCAGUUAGAAUUAAGAAUCAAUCAAUUAGUAGAAGAGAACAAAAAAGUUAAUCUCUAAUUGAAUGAUAAAAUUAAAGAAAAUGAAUAAUUAAGAGCCUAAAUAAUGGAAUAAGAAAUUCAAAUCAAUAAAUUAAAAGGUAUUGAACAUGAACUCAUAUUGGUCAAAGAAAUAUCUGAUAUAAGAUUUCAAGAUGUAAUGCAUUCUCAUUAAUAUUAGUAUGAAAAAUCAAAAUUAUAAGCAGAACAUUUAUAUUAAGAAUUAACAGACAUUCAAUUAGUAUUUUAAGAUUCAUCUAAUAAACUUAUGUAACAAUCAGAAGAAAUUCAAUAAUGGAAAAUUAGAUAUGCUGAAUUAGAUUCAACUAGACUUUAAUAAUUGUAAGGUAAAAUAAAUUAAUCUAUUUCUAGAGUUUAAAUAACAAAUUUAUAAAUAAUAGGAAGAAGAUGAAUAAAAGUCAUCAUUUCUUAAAGCUAUUACAGAAAUGGAAAAAACUAUAUAGUCUUUACAAGAUUAAUUGAAAUAGAAGGAUGAUUCAUUAAAAUUGGCUAAUGAAGAUCUUAAUUAAUGGAAGAUUAAAUAUUCUAAGGUUUAAGUCUAGUAAAAGUAAAUUGUCAAUGAUAAAGAAAAAGAUUAGAAAAUAUAGAUGCUAAUAGAUGAAAUUGAACGAUUAAAUGAUCUAUUAGGUUAAAGAAAUGAUGAAAUAUAUACACUCAAAAGAUUAGCUGAAAAAACUGCUUAACUUAUUUCAAUAAGUUAAAGAGCAUAGAGAUCAGCUAGUGGUCAAAAAUAUAAAUGA